AUGGCUUCUUCUCCACCAUACGAUGAAGAGUUCAAGACUGAUCCGAAGAUCAACGUUGUCGACGACUUAGAGUCCGGCUCCGAGAAUGUCGACACAAGACGAGGCUCGAUUGUCAUCAUCCAGGAGCUGGUGGCAGAGGACCACUCCCAUGACAUCAAACUCCGGACGAUGACCUGGCAGAAGGCUGCUUGGUUGCUUUGCGGCGAGCAGGUCUGUCUCGCCAUCAUGGCUCAGACCUGGUCUCUCUCUGUCCUCGGCUGGGUCCCUGGUAUCAUUACCAUGCUGGUCGCAGGGACACUCUUCUACAUCACCUCCUUGACCAUGCACAAAUUCAUCAUGAAGCAUCCGCAAAUCAUGGACAUCUGCGACUUUGGAUACUACGCCUUCGGCAAGAGCAAGAUCGCAUACCACUUCACCGCCUUUAUGCUGCUCGCCAACAACAUCAUGCUGAUCGGCUUCCACGUCCUUACUGGCGCCAAGAUCCUGAACACCCUGUCCGACCACUCGCUCUGCACGACCGUCUUUUCCGUCAUCACGAUGCUUAUUGGCAUUAUCAUGUCCAUGCCACGAACGCUCAAGCAUGUCUCUUUCAUGAGUAUGUUCUCCGCUGCCGCCAUGGGCCUCUCCGUCCUCCUCUUCUUGGUGUUUGUCGGCAUCGAGGACCACCCUUCCUAUGGAUACUAUGGCGAGUACCCAGAAGACACAGUCAUCAACAGCGGCAAGGUCGGCACCUACGUCUUCCCGCUCGAACGUAGUGCUGGAUUCGUCGCUUGCAUGAAUGCCGUCCUCAACAUCACCUUCAUUUGGGUCCCCCAGAUCUUGUUCCCGACUUUCAUGAUUCGGCCCCAAGAUUUCCCUAAAUCUCUCGCCGUUGUGACCGUCGUUUCCGGCUUCCUCUUCGUGGUCCCACCAGCGAUCGGCUUCCACUACCUUGGCCAGUACUCCACGGCACCAGCAUUCGGAUCCCUGGGCGUCGAGACGUACAAGAAGGCUUCUUUCGCUUUCGUCAUCGUUCCAACAAUCGUCAUUGGUGUCAUCUACGCAAACGUCUCCGCCAAAUUCAUCUACGGCAAGGUUUUGCGCGGAUCACAUCACCAGCAUUCGAACACCGUCAUCGGCUGGAGCGUCUGGGCUGCGGUCAUGGCCGUCAUCUGGUUCAUCGGCUUCCUCUUCGCUGAAGUCAUCCCCAGCAUGGGCGACUUCCUCUCCCUGCUCGGCGCCGUCUUCGACUCUUUCUUCGGCUUUAUUUUCUUCGCUGUCGCCUACUACCACCUCUACAAGGGCCAGUGGUGGAACGGGGCCUUCCGAUCGAUCAUGACCGUUGUCCACAUCAUCGUCAUGUUCGUUGGUCUGUUCUUGCUGGGUCCGGGUCUAUACGCCGCGGUGUCGCAGAUUAUUAUCGAUUAUGCGUACUCCUAUUCGGCGUUCAGCUGUGCCGAUCUAUCGAUCUAA